CUUAUCCGCUUCCACUCUCCCCGCCUCGCCUCCCCGAAAGGAAAUGCCAGUGGCAUUCCAGUGAACCCGCCCCCGACCUAGGUCCGGACACCGCCGCUGCAAUGGCUACGGCCAUCUCCGCCUCCGCGCUCCUCUCCUCCGCAUUCGCCGGCGAUAGGCGCCACCGCCGCGCGGCGAGGCCCGCGCCCCGCCGCGCCGUCCCGGCUGGCCUCACGGUGCGGUGCGAGCAGAGCGACAAGCAGAAGCGGCAGCCACUUUCCGCAGUCGUUCCCCGCGAGCAGCGCUUCAUGUUCGAGGGCGACGAGCUCUGCGGACCCGACAUAUGGAACACAACAUGGUACCCUAAGGCUGCAGAUCACGUAACUACCGAGAAGACGUGGUAUGUUGUUGAUGCAGAGGACAAGAUUCUUGGCAGGCUAGCAUCUGCUAUCGCAGUGCAUAUGAGAGGGAAAAAUGAGCCCACAUACACUCCAAGUGUGGACAUGGGGGCUUUUGUUAUUGUGGUUAAUGCAGAGAAGGUUGCUGUUUCUGGUAAAAAGCGGUCACAGAAGCUCUAUAAAAGGCACUCUGGACGGCCCGGUGGAAUGAAAGAAGAAACUUUUGAUCAGCUUCAGAAAAGGAUUCCGGAGAGAAUUAUCGAACAUGCUGUGCGUGGCAUGCUUCCUAAGGGCAGGCUGGGAAGAAGACUAUUUACCCACCUCAAGGUGUACAAAGGAUCAGAGCACCCGCAUGUGGCUCAAAAACCUGUUCCACUGCCCAUCAGAGACAAAAGAAUAAUGAAGUCUGGCUAGAGAACCCCUGGAUAUUGAAAAAAGAUACAGCAACCGUGCUUCCCCGCCCAGUGUUAGGAGCGUGACCCGAACAUUCAUGUCAUCUGUCCACAAGAGUGGUGUGUAAUUUUUUUGUAAUUUAAUUAUGUUUCUGCAAAAGCUUUCGAUUCCUUUCGGUCAUAAUUAUGUCGUAUGGUACGAUUUGAUGGAAUCCAAACUCUGAAUUUUGGAAGGUGUAAA